GACGGCGCGCGGCGGCAGGCGGCCGCGCUGAGGGCCCGGGCCGGGCUCUGGAGGAUCGCGGCCUCCCCGGCACCCUCCGCGCCGCCCCGCGCUCCCCAGGUGCAGCAGGCCGGUUGCCACCGCCCUUAUGGAACCCGGUGUCGGUCGUAUUCGUCCCGCUGCCUUCUGCCCGGCCGCGUAUUGCGGUCGUUCGUGGGAAGUCGGCUGUUCCCUGUGUUCUUCCCGCAUCUGUGAAGAUAGAAACUGACUUCCUGACUUUCCAGAGCCGUUUUGUGAGGAGUCCCGGCGCGAAGAUGAGUACCGUCAGCUCACAGGAUGAUGAAGAUACCUUUAAAAUACUUAUUGCUACUGAUAUUCAUCUUGGCUAUUUGGAGAAGGAUCCUGUUCGUGGAAAUGAUACGUUUGUAACUCUAAAUGAAAUUCUGGACCAUGCUCAAAAAAAGGAGGUGGACUUUGUUUUAUUAGGUGGGGACCUAUUUCAUGAAAACAAACCUUCCAGAAAAACAAUACACUCUUGUUUGGAGUCCCUAAGAAAAUACUGCAUGGGUGAUCGUCCUAUUCAGUUUGAAAUUUUGAGUGAUCAGGCAGUUAACUUUCAGUACAGCAAGUUUCCAUGGGUGAAUUAUCAAGAUCGAAAUCUCAACAUUUCUAUUCCAGUUUUUAGUAUUCAUGGCAAUCAUGAUGAUCCCACAGGGGCAGAUGCACUGUGUGCAUUGGAUAUUUUAAGCUGUGCAGGAUUGUUGAAUCACUUUGGACGUUCAACUUCUGUGGAGAAAAUAGAUAUUAGUCCCAUUUUAUUGCGUAAGGGUAGAACAAAAAUUGCUCUGUAUGGUUUGGGAGCUAUUCCAGAUGAGAGGCUGUAUCGUAUGUUUGUCAAUAAACAAGUAACCAUGCUGAGACCAAGGGAAGAUGAAGAUAGUUGGUUUAACUUGUUUGUGAUUCAUCAAAAUAGGAGCAAACAUGGAGCUACCAACUACAUUCCAGAGCAGUUUUUAGAUGACUUUAUUAAUCUUGUUGUGUGGGGUCAUGAACAUGAGUGCAAAAUAGCUCCCUGCCAAAAUGAACAGCAAGGUUUCUAUGUUUCUCAGCCAGGAAGUUCAGUGGUGACAUCUCUGUCUCCUGGAGAAGCUGUGAAGAAACACAUCGGUUUGCUGCAUGUUAAAGGGAAAAAAAUGAAAAUGGAGAAGAUUAUGCUAGAGACAGUGCGAACUUUCUACAUGGAGGAUAUUGUUCUAGCUGAUCAUCCAGAUCUUUUUAAUCCUGACAAUCCUAAAGUAACUCAGUCGAUACAAGCAUUCUGCAUGGAAAAGGUUGAAUUUAUGCUGGACAACGCAGAAAGAGAACGCGUAGGAAAUCCACGCCGACCAGAGAAGCCUCUCAUAAGAUUACGAGUUGAUUAUACAGGUGGCUUUGAACCAUUCAGUGUCCAUCGUUUUAGCCAGAAGUACAUGGAUAGGGUAGCUAACCCAAAAGACAUCAUACACUUUUUCAGGCAUCGUGAACAAAAAGAGAAAAAUGACAGUGAUCUUAAUUUUGGAAAACUGGUUAGCAGACCAGUUUCUGAGGGGAUGACGCUGAGGGUGGAAGACCUUGUAAAGCAGUAUUUUCAGACAGCGGAGAAGAAAGUACAGCUUUCACUUCUAACUGAAAGAGGAAUGGGACAAGCAGUGCAGGAGUUUGUGGACAAAGAGGAAAAAGAUGCCAUAGAAGAGCUGGUGAAAUUUCAACUAGAAAAAACCCAGAGGUUUCUUAAGGAGCGUCGCACUGAUGCAGAGGAAGAAAAAAUAGAUGAGGAGGUGCGAAAAUUUAGGGAGAGUAGAAAAAAGAAUACUGAUGAAGAGGAUGAGGAAGUUCUGCAGGCAAUGACCAGGGCUAGAGCACACAGAUCUGAGGAUGCAGUUCUUGUCACAGCCUCCAGUGAUGAAGAACUCAUGGAUACAGGGAUGAAAAGCACUGGUGAUUCAGAUGAUGGCUUUCCUGCAACACUGAGACGAGGAAGGGGUCGGGCAAGAGGUAGGGCAAGAGGUGCAAGAGGACAAAAUUCGACAGUAAGAGGUUCAUCUCAAAGGGGAAGAGGAAGCACUACGCAGGAGUCAGCUACUAGAAGCCGAACCUACAAGCCUGUAUCUGUGCCUGCCAAGAAUAUGUCUAUCAUGGAUGCCUUUGCGUCUUUGAAACCAGAGGCCUCCUUGAAUUCGUCUAGAUUAUCUGAGGAUAUUAUAGAUGACGACUCUGAUCUAGAAGACAUUUCUAUUGUUCCUUCUUCCAAAGUAAAUCAAAGGUUGUCAACUCCAUCUUCACUUAGUAAAAGAGGUUCACAAAGCCAAACAUCUAGAGGGGUUGAUUUUGAGUCAGAUGAGGAUGAAUUUGAUCCAUUCAAAAGCACUGCAACAUCAAGAAGAUAUAAGUGAUUCCUGGCUCACUGUGCACGAGAGAAACUUGAAGUUAGUGAAGAACAUGGAAAGUAGUUUGCAAGGCGUUCUCUGUAUAACAUUUCUCUGUAAAUUACGGCUUUUUUUUUUUUCAGUGGCACUAAAUGGGUCUAAUUUGUGCGUUGGUUGCUUGAUACAUUAGACUAGAGUGUCUAAGAUUCUGAAGUACUGCCUGAAACUGCGCGUUCUUUUUAAAACUUCCAAAAGCCCGUUUUCUUUCUGGGGUGAUAAUGUAAAUAACAGUCAUAUCUUUUAUAGAAAAUUCUAUUUCUUGGGGCUUGAAUUUUGCAGUAAAAUUGUGGUAGUAUGGAGAUAUGGAUACAAACAUGGACCUGGUCAGCAGAACAAAACUUGGACUUGUUUGUAAUUUUCUAUGGAUACAGUUGAAAACUCUGAAGAGUGAUAGUUUGACCCAAAAAUUUGGUUUUUAAUAUUGAAGCUGGAAAAUGUUCUGAUACUUUCAACUCUCCUAGCAGGACUAAACCCACUAUUGCACUGUUAUUAAAUGUCGUAGUACAUGGUAACAAAUUCUGCUCUGUAAUUCAAGAGGUGCCAAAGACUUCAGAUGGAGCUGAGUUGUCAGUUUUACCCUGUCAAUAAGAUGUGAAGGCAAGAACCUUGCGGUUUCACCAGGAAUGCUGCUUGAAGAAUAAAGCACUUGAGCCAGUCAUGGGCAGGAUGUUGCUUUUACCUUUUUCUUAGCUGACAUUUUUCAGGAUGUUAUUUCCGCAGUCCACUGCCUUGCUAACCCUCCUAAAAUGUCAUCACUGUGUUCCAAAUGUUCUCCAAAUGAAGCUUUUAAGAUACAGCGUUGCAUUCGCAGUGCGGGAACCACUUCUGUUGAAGGAGCCAAGACCUAGACCUGCUUCUCCUUCUCUCUUUUCACCCCUGUACGCCCCACUCCCCAAAAAGUGCUGUUCCAAAGCUAUGGCCAGUGGAGCUAAUCAAGGAAAAGGCCAAAGAAUGCAUCAGCCAACACCCCAGCAAGUCAGAGAAACACUGAAUAUGUUGAGUAACCACAGCCUUGCUUUUGUAUUUUUAAUUUCUCCUUCAAAGAGAUGGGAUUUGGCAGUUGUGUUUCUUUUGUUCUCACUGAAUGUGACUUGUUACUUUGCCUUCAUAUAUACUGUAAUAAGGAACCCAAAUGAGCCUUGAGCUUCCUGAAGACUUCCAUAAAAAUGAUAACGACCUGCAAAUCUCUAGCGUAGACCUUAGUAGCAACUUAUGAAGCAGCCUGAUUGCUUAAAGUAUUGGCAAAUGACUUAUUAGUCUGUCUCUUCCCUUUUAUUCAGUGCUGACAAAACUAUAUUACCUAUGCAAUUAAAAAGCUGCUGUAAAUACCCUUUAAGAUGAGGGUCUAGAUUUUUUUUUUUUAAAUAAACUAUUUCUGUUAAGUAAA